AUGGCUGCACCCGACGGUACGAGUAUCUUGAAUAUGACGGGCACUUGGUCCCUAAACUCUUCACUAUCGGAUGACCUAAGUCCAACAUUCAUGGCGCAAAACAUCCCAUGGAUCAUCCGACAAGUGAUUUCAUAUGCCUCUCUGGAACUCACAAUGGUCCAGAAAGAACCAGAACCACCAGAACGUCCUACAACUGUCAUCGACGUCAAGCAGACAGUCAGACCUGGUGGCUUUGACACGGACAAUAGCUACAUCCUUGACGGCGAAACAAGGACGGACAAGGUCCCGAUUUUCGGUGCCAUGUCCAUGAGAGCUGUGUACGUCCCAAUGUCUGAGAUUACGAAAGAAGACACUAUGGGAAACGUUAUUGAGGAGCCAAGCACCACAGAUAAGCGGGUGGCACUCAAGGAAAUGACGGAGGGUGUCAAUACAGGUUGGAAGACAACAGCCUUGUGGGCCUUUCAGGAGAUAGACGGAGAAAGACGAUUUUGUAAAUACUGUACUACCACUAAGGGUGAAGGUGAAGAAAAAGUCCAGGCACGACUAGUUUACGACUAUAAACUUCCUUCCCAAUAG